CUUCCCAUGAGGCGCUGCGCCCCCGCACGUCUCUGCCUCCGCAGGCCGAGGGAGGCUGAGUUUGGGAAAGUCGCGACGUUCCUGCGCGUCAAUCACACGGAGCCGUGGGGAGCGAAACUGGAGCGAAGCGCCACGAAACGGCAGGUUUUCUGUUCAGAUAGCGCUGCGGUACUCUGGCAACUAAAAUGUUUUGGGAAACGGAGGAAAACGUGCCUUCAUUUUGGGUGGAAUUAUUUAGUUUUACUUUAAAAUAAAGGAGUUAAACAGCCGCCUUGCUACGUCGAAGUUGGCGAGUGUCCGCCGCUGCGUCGUCUUGCCUGGAGCCCGAAGAGCAGGAGUUCCUCACACUCCCGAAGAGCAGGAGUUCCUCACACUCCCGAAGUGUGUGAGGCAGCCUGCUGAUCCUCGGACAUUGUGGACACCCUUGAUGUGGGAGGGCUGGAGUCCUUCCUGAAGGAGCCGAGUGUUGCGGAGUUGUUGGCUACGUCCAGCUCUACUCUGUAACUUUCCCAAAGGCUUUGCUCUUUUGCAGGUUGGGCUGAAAUUCGCAGCGCAAAUCUCUUACAGGGGCAGAAAAGGGCAGAGAAAUGAGCGGGGGCGAUGUGGUCUGCUCGGGGUGGCUGAGAAAGUCUCCGCCAGAAAAAAAGUUGCGACGUUAUGCAUGGAAGAAACGCUGGUUUGUCCUACGCAGCGGCCGGCUGACCGGAGACCCGGAUGUGCUGGAGUACUACAAGAAUGACCACGUGAAGAAACCCAUCCGCGUGAUUGACCUGAACCUAUGCGAGCAGGUGGACGCUGGGCUCACCUUCAACAAGAAAGAUCUGGAGCACAGUUUCAUCUUCGACAUCAAGACCAUCGACCGAGUCUUCUACCUGGUGGCCGACAGCGAAGAGGAGAUGAACAAGUGGGUCCGCUGCAUCUGUGACAUCUGUGGCUUCAACCCCACCGACACGGACGGUAGGAUACGCUUGCACGCAGACUCAGCGAAAGCAUCUCACCAGGCUGCAGUGACCGGGGCUCUGGUGGUCGACAUGGCCCCUCAUGCAGGGGGGAUGGGCCACUCAGCCCUGACUCCCAUGCCCCCUCCCUACCAGCCUGUCAGCGUCAGGCACCUGGAGUCCUCCUCCAGCCUGGAUGACACCCAGGACUACCUGCUGCUGCUACACUGCGAGAGCAAGAAACCGGAGCCCGGGAGUCCUGUAACUCUCUCUCAAAGGGAUAUGGAGCAGGAAUAUCUGCUCUUGGAAGAGUGUGAGAGCAAGAGUGCUCCUCCUGACAGUCUGGCUCACGGAGACUGCAGGAAGUCUACCUCCUCUGAGCCCGACUGUAACGACAACCUCCCGUCCCACCGCACGGCCAAGCAUGGCCCGCUCAACGGCUUCUUUCCCUCACAGCACACAGGGCUGUACGACUCGCCCCCGUCACGCGGGGCCAGUCUGUCGAUGGACGCGCAGGGUCUGUACCACCUGCCGCGGAGCUACUCGCAGGACACCGUGCUCCUGCCCAAAUCUGCGUCCUCGCCACCUGGGCCCGACAGCGACCCGGGCGACGUCUAUGUGUUCAACAUCCCAGUCCGAAAACCCUCCCUGGAAGCUCAGUUUAGGAACCUGUCCGUCAGCUACGACAUCCCACCCACACCCGGCAGUAACUGCACCUACCAAGUGCCCCGCGCGGCGGGGGCCGAGGCAGCAGCAGGCGUGCCCUCCGACGUGGUUCCACCCCCACGCCCACCCAAGCCCUCGCUGGGCGCCCCAGUGGGGCCACCUGACCGUUCGCCCACGGACACGUACGCGGUGCCGAGGUCGGUGUCGGAGGCAGACGCGAACUACUGUGUGCCAUCAGGAGGUAAUAAAGCCCUGAGGAGCAACACCAUCGGUACCGUGGACUCAACACGUCUCCGUAAAGAUUAUGGAUCAUCUCAAGACUGCUAUGACAUACCCAGAUCUUUUCCCUCAGACAGAAAUUGCUCCUUUGAAUUUAAUGAAAACUUCAACAACUACUUUAAAAACAAAGGCUUGAUGCCCCUUGGCACUGCCUCGACGGAGGAGAUGGAUGAGAACUACGUGCCCAUGAGUGCCAACUCCCCGUCACAUCACCGUUCAGGGAGCCUCUCUGAACCCAUCCAGGAGCCCAACUACGUGCCCAUGACCCCCGGCACGGUGGAGUUCCCCUCCCUGGGCAAGCAGGUGCCCCCUCCUGCCCACAUGGGCUUUCGCUCCAGCCCCAAAACCCCCCCACGCAGACCCAUGCUCAUUACGGACUGCCAGCCACCCCCUGUCGACCGUAACCUGAAACCCGACCGCAAAGGUCAGAGUCCUAAAUUAACCCGAGUUAAUCGGCCUGUCGGUCUCGAGCGAACUGACUCUCAAACCGUAGGUGAAUUCUCCAGACGACGUAAGGUCAAGCCGGCGCCUUUGGACAUCAAACCAGUCCCUGAAUGUGAAGAGUUCACCACACCAGUGCGAUCUCCUGUCACCAGGUCCUUCGCCAGGGAAAGCAGCAGUGUAAGGUUUGUCGUGAUGCUCAGCCCCUCCAGGUUCCCCGUGCCUCCCAGACCACCCUCGGUGCAUAGCACUGCUUCCAGCACCGACUCCGAGGACUGUGAUGAGAAUUAUGUCGCAAUGCAGCACGCUAACAUGUCUGCAGAUGAACCAAACUUGAAGCUGUCAGCACCCAUGAACACGGAUGGAGGCAGCAGCCCCAUGGUGAAGCCCAAAGGAGACAAGCAAGUGGAGUAUCUGGACCUGGAUCUGGACCCUGGCAAAUCCACGCCACCUCGAAUGAAGAAGAGCAUUGGGACUGGUGCGGCAGUGUCGGACGAGCGGGUGGACUACGUGGUCGUGGACCAGCAACGCACACAAGCCUUGAAGAGUACCCGUGAGGCCUGGAGCGACGGCCGCCAGUCCACCGAGAGCGACACCCCCUCCAAAGGGACCAAGUGAGCACUCGGAAGCAUACUUCCUCUAGCCCCGCCCCUGGGGGCGUGGCUGGGCCAGGGGGCGGGAAGUUCCACCCCUUCCCACCUCCACCGUAGGCCCUUGUGUUUGAUCUCAAUUAUACUGUGAGAGAAAGCGAUUCAGCUCCCCUAAUCUGUCGGGUGACGCUGCUACCCAGCUGGUGGAAAGACCAGUGUGUGGUGGAGAUCUGGUAGAUUGGGGGUGCCGUGUAUAAGCUGAGAGACGGUUUGGAGCAGGAUCUACUGGGCUGUGUGCUGGGCUGAAGGAACUUCAGAUCCCUCUCUGGUUGAGUGCCCUGUGAUGACGAUGCUAACAGAGCAGUGAGAGACUUUCAUUUGUAUCAAGUGGAGACUCACUGCUUCCACUUUUUUUGUUGUUGGUUUGUCUGGGUUUUUCCAUCCUUGUGUUCAUCCUGGGUAAUGGAAUGAAAUGUUAUCUGGAUGAGCGGCCGGCUUCUCUGGGUUUACUACCUAACACUGCUUUUUAUAUUUAAGUAUUGCAUUUCACCAAACUGCCAUGGCCAGGUCAUGAGUAUGCGUUCCAUAUAUGGAAAGUGAUCCGUUUUUGCUUAUUUCACUGAUAAUCUAAAACUUUGGUACAUCCUGGUUUAUUUCAUGGCCAUUUUUCUGAUGAUCAAGUGUAACUGACAAGAGCAAUCAAAUGGUAACAUUUUUGCUAAAAUGAGUUUGCCCGUUUGUGUUGCUUUUGCAAGUAAGGCUGCAAAACUGCCUGUGCAAAGUACAAUAAACAAAGUCUCCCUCGUUUGUACUGAGUGUCUGGGACGUAAAGGCCUGUGUGACCUCUGCUGGAUGGAGUAUCAGGAGCUAUGAACUGGUCUGGCAUAAACGUGAUGGAGUGAGGAACUGUGAUUAACUUUUGAUGGAGAGUUACGACUCACUGUUUUAAUUUUUUUAUUUUAGUAUCUUUCAAUGCAAGGUAUCAGAACUAAAGACAACUACAGAAGUCAGGUACUCACUGAAGUGACUAACACAGCAGUUCCAGUUUAAUUUAUUUUGUUUUUCUUUGUUUUUCUUUUCUACAUAUCCCUACAUUUAAUUUGGUCCUGCAAUUCACAGAUGUUCUCAUUAUGUUUAUAAAAGUUAAUGACAGACGCUAGGAUCAGAUGUUUGCUGUACAUGAUGCCUUCUUAAAAAAGCCAGUCAGGAAGAUUCAGGAGUUGUACAUGGAUAAUUCAUUCCUUUGGUGACUGGUCUUUUGAUAUUUUAUUUCCACUUUAAUCAUGAUAAUUUAUUUCAGAUGGAUUUCCAUAGUUUCUGGAGACCUAUUGCCUUAAUAUUACAACUUUUGCUGUUUGGUUGUUGUACAUAUGAUCAGUUGUGUAAUUUUAGCUAAAGUUAGAGACUAUGUGAACUUUAACUGUGUGUGUAAGACAAAAGCUUCGUUAACUACCAACUUCUUAAGCCAAGGAGACGCCGAUGUGGGCUGCAGCACCAUCAGUGGCUUUUGCUGUAUAGACAUGCACAAACAUUUGAAACCUUUUCUAUUUUAAUUCUGAUCUCUCCUCUAUCUUUCUAUUUUGUCUUCACAAGAGCAUUCUGUGGCAAGAUGAACCUCAGAUUUUCCUGAUGCUUUCUAUCUUUUUUUAAUGAAUCGGAAAGAAAUGUACAUUUUAAAAUAAACUCAAUAAAAAAAGCUGACAUACAAAUACA